CAAGCAGUAUUUGUAGCCGCAGACUGAAGAGUUAAGGCCGGGCAGUACAUGGUGGAUACUGGAGAUACUUGGUACAGCUGGGACAUGCAGUGAGUGUGCAGUACAACCUGCAGGUCCCUGCCAGUCAGUUGCCUUGAUCCUGGAGGUGCAGAUUGCUGGCUUUUGGGGGCUGAGCCAUCUUCAUUACUGAGUUACACCUGAAGGCUUAACCAGUGGCAACUACUCCUGUUUUGCUCUUCGUUCUCACCAGGGAAGCAGUAUAUUGUUUUUCAUCCCUCUUUAUCUAUGAAGAAUCCGAGGCCCAGAGAAGAGCAGUGGCCUGUCCAAGUUUCUCUAGGCCUGACUGCUUGAGACUGGAAGCUUGCCCACACUGCAGGCUGAUGCCUAUGGAGUUGCUUGGUCUACUCACCCCCUGGGCCUCUGGGGAUGUAAUUUUCAUUCAUAGGGACUGGGUGGGGGCAGCAGCUGUUCGACCUCUUGGGUGUUGACCUCAAGGGGGUCUUUGAAGGGAAGCAGGUGGGGGCUAGGAUGAUGUGUUUCAGCUGGGAGCAAAUGCCAUCUCUGUAACUGCCCACAGGUUGCCUCUCGGGACACAGAGGAUCUGGCAAGGAUGAAGAAAUGGGGGAAUUCAGAGUCAGGAGAGUCUGAGGACCCACCCCAAGAGGACUCCUGUCAAGACCCCCUGGAUGGAGACCCUGACUUCAGCACAGGUCCAGCCCAGCCCCAAGUUCUCCCCACAACCAAGAGACGCAACCGGCUCUUUGGGAAAUGUGACUCAGAGGAGGUGUCCCCCACAGACUGUUCUUAUGAGGCAGGCGAGCUGGUCUCCUGCCCAGCCAUCACAAUCAGUCCUGUUGUCAUCAUCCAGAGGCCUGGGGAUGUCCCCAACUGUACUCGGCAGCUGUCCAAGGAUUCUAUCCCCAUAGGGAACAAGAAGAACCUCAAGCUCUAUGAUCGCAGGAAGAUCUUUGAAGCUGUGGCUCAAAAUAACUGUGAGGAGCUGGAGAACCUGCUGCUGUAUCUGCAGAAGAGCAAGAAGCACCUCAUGGACAGCGAGUUUAAAGAUCCGGAGACAGGGAAGACCUGUCUGCUGAAAGCCAUGCUCAACCUGCAUGACGGGCAGAAUGACACCAUCCCCCUGCUCCUGGAGAUCGCCCGGCAGACUGACAGUCUGAAGGAGCUUGUCAAUGCCAGCUAUACCGACAGCUACUACAAGGGCCAGACGGCGCUGCACAUUGCCAUCGAGAGGCGGAACAUGACCCUGGUGACCCUCCUGGUGGAGAAUGGGGCAGAUGUCCAGGCCGCGGCCAAUGGUGACUUUUUUAAGCAAACAAAAGGACGGCCUGGCUUCUACUUUGGUGAGCUGCCCCUCUCCCUGGCUGCGUGCACCAACCAACUGGGCAUCGUGAAGUUCCUGCUGCAGAACUCCUGGCAGCCGGCCGAUAUCAGUGCCAGGGACUCAGUGGGCAACACAGUGCUGCACGCCCUGGUGGAGGUGGCUGACAACACGGUUGACAACACUAAGUUUGUGACAAGCAUGUACAAUGAGAUUCUGAUCCUGGGGGCCAAGCUCCACCCGACACUGAAGCUGGAAGAGCUGACCAACAAGAAGGGGCUGACGCCACUGGCCCUGGCUGCCAGGAGUGGAAAGAUUGGGGUAGGCAGGGGACUUUGUGCUCGAGUCUUGGCUUAUAUCCUGCAGAGGGAGAUCCAGGAACCUGAGUGCAGGCACCUAUCCAGGAAGUUUACCGAGUGGGCCUAUGGGCCGGUGCAUUCCUCACUCUACGACCUGUCCUGUAUAGACACUUGCGAGAAGAACUCGGUGCUGGAGGUGAUUGCCUACAGCAGCAGCGACACACCUAAUCGCCAUGACAUGCUUUUGGUGGAGCCGCUGAAUCGACUCCUGCAGGACAAGUGGGACCGACUCGUGAAGCGCAUCUUCUACUUCAACUUCUUCGUCUACUGCUUGUACAUGAUCAUCUUUACCGCAGCUGCCUACUACAGGCCCGUGGAAGGCCUGCCUCCCUAUAGGCUGAAGCACACCAUUGGAGACUAUUUCCGAGUCACUGGAGAGAUUCUUUCUGUGUCUGGGGGAGUCUACUUCUUUCUCCGAGGGAUUCAGUAUUUCCUGCAGAGGCGGCCAUCAUUGAAGACCUUAUUCGUGGACAGCUACAGUGAGAUGCUUUUCUUCGUGCAGUCGUUGUUCAUGCUGGGAACUGUGGUACUGUACUUCAGUCAUCGCAAGGAGUAUGUGGCCUCCAUGGUGUUCUCCCUGGCCCUAGGCUGGACCAAUAUGCUCUACUACACUCGAGGCUUCCAGCAGAUGGGCAUCUAUGCUGUCAUGAUUGAGAAGAUGAUCCUGAGAGACCUGUGUCGCUUCAUGUUUGUCUACCUCGUUUUCUUGUUUGGGUUUUCCACAGCGGUGGUGACACUGAUUGAGGAUGGGAAGAAUAACUCUGCGCCUGCUGAGCCCUUGUUGCACAGGUCUCGAGGGCCUGGCUGCAGGCCAUCUGAUAGCUCCUACAAUAGCCUGUACUCCACGUGUCUGGAGCUGUUCAAGUUCACCAUUGGCAUGGGUGACCUGGAGUUCACUGAGAACUAUGACUUCAAGGCUGUCUUCAUCAUUCUGCUCCUGGCUUACGUGAUUCUCACCUACAUCCUCCUGCUCAACAUGCUCAUUGCCCUCAUGGGAGAGACUGUCAACAAGAUUGCACAAGAGAGCAAGAACAUCUGGAAGCUGCAGAGAGCCAUCACCAUCCUGGACACAGAGAAAAGCUUCCUUAAGUGUAUGAGGAAGGCCUUCCGCUCAGGGAAGCUAUUGCAGGUGGGGUACACUCCCGAUGGCAAAGAUGACUACCGGUGGUGCUUCAGGGUGGAUGAGGUGAACUGGACCACCUGGAACACCAACGUGGGGAUCAUCAAUGAAGAUCCAGGCAACUGUGAAGGCAUCAAACGCACCCUGAGCUUCUCCCUGCGGUCAGGCAGAGUUUCAGGGAGAAACUGGAAGAACUUUGCCCUGGUUCCCCUUUUAAGAGAUACAAGCACUCGAGAAAGGCACCCUGCCCAGCCUGAAGAGGUUCCUCUGAGACACUUUGCAGGGUCCCUCAAGCCAGAGGAUGCUGAAAUCUUCAAGGACCCUGCUGCUCUAGGGGAGAAGUGAGUGUGUCUACUCUGCUGGACCUUAUGACACCGCACUGCUGCAGGGGGCCCUUGGGGAUCCCAGUCACUCUCUCAGCUGCCUGUUUCCAUCUGUGUCUCCCUAGCACGUCCCUCCAGCCCGCUGGACAGGCUGUACAAGGCUCUGCUGAUGCACAUGAAGAGGUAUUCGUUCAACCCAUUCAUUCAUCUGCCCCCAGGAAGGAAUCACCUAACAGAAAAUGACUUUGCUUUCAAGUCUGUACUGACUUUAUUAAACCACCAAUUAUUAUUAUUCUCAUCCGCAAUGAGAAAUCUCUAGUUGGACAAACAUGGUGUCCUGUUUUCUUUGAUUUUUCUGUGAGUGGAAGCUCAGUGAAAUCCAGGAAGAUACCUUGUAGAACAAAACACUUCCUUUGCUGUAAGAUGCUGAGGCCCUUCCUCUCAAUAUUGAGUUUACCGGCCAGGUGGUGGCUCACCUGGCUAAGUGCACAUGUUACAAUGCGUGAGGAUCUGGGUUCAAGCCCCCAGUCCCCACAUGCAAGGGAAAAGCUUUGCAAGUGGUGAAGCAGUGCUGCAGGUAUCUCUUUCUCUCCUCUAUCACUCCCAUCCCUCUUGAUUUCUGACUGUCUCUAUCCAAUAAAUAAAUAAAGGUUAAAAAAAAUUGAGCUGAACCCAUCAGCUUUCCAAGGCGGAGCAGGCCCGGUGAAUGACGGUGUCAUUAACACUUCAAAGAAAGCAGAUGAAGCUGUUUGCAACUCCCAGUUCUGCUGAAACCAGAUUUUUCCAGAGUGACUUCAUUCUUUGGUGUGACAUCACUGUUCUGAAAAAACAUUAGUUCUAUUGCUGUUCAAAUAAAAGUACAGAACCACAUCCCAGAGACACCGGGCAAGAAUUUUUUAAUGAGCUCUCAUUUGUAGUGAAGAUAUAGUCCUGUCUGACACAUGGUUCUGCUUCCCUAAAGUGUUCUUUUUUUUUUUUAAAUAAAUUUUUAAAAAUUCUUUUUUGUAUUUAUUUAUUUAUUUUCCCUUUUGUUGUCCUUGUUUUUUUAUUGUUGUUGCAGUUAUUGUUGUUUUUGAUGUCGUUGCUGUUAUUGAUGUCGUUGUUGUUGGAUAGGACAGAGAGAAAUGGAGAGAGGAGGGGAAGACAGAGAGGGGGAGAGAAAGACACCUGCAGACCUGCUUCAUCACCUAUGAAGCAACUCCCCUACAGGCGGGGAGCCGGGGCUCAAACCAGGGUCCUUACAGACAGUCCUUGUGCUUCGCGCCACGUGCGCUUAACCCGCUGUGCUACCCCUCGACUCCCCACUAAAGUGUUCUAACUCCUGCAUUCAUUCAUGUCUUGUCACCCAUCAGAUUAACAAAUAAAUAAACUGUAUCAACUGUGAACUCUGUGUAUGUCACUGAGCUGAUGUAAUUAAUUGUCUUCCUGUGAAAUUUGUGUGUUUACUACUUCAUAUAGCUAGGAGGCUCCGGCCAGCCAACCUUUAGUUGUUAUCCACAGAGCAGGGCUCGUGUUCAUGUAUAUACCUAAUGCACUCAGGAAACUAUGGGGCAUGGGACAAAUUUGACUUGUCCCCUGUUUUGUUUUGUCUUUUUAAUUUUUUUUCUUUUUUUAGAUAGAGACAUGGGGGUAGGGUGGGGGAGUAGAGAUAGUCAUACAUCACAGCACAAAGAUUCCUUCAGUUUAGUGGGGGCUGGACUUAAACCUUGGUAGCACACAAGGCAAAGCAACACACUAUUCAAGUGAACAAUUCCAGUGGCCAUGCCUCUUUUUUUUUUUUAAAGGAUUUUACUUAUUUCUUUACUUAUUUAUUUUGCCUCCAGGGUUAUUGCUGGAGCUUGGUGCUGGCACUGCAAAUCCACUGCUUCUGGUGGCUCCUCCCUCAUUUUAUUGGAUAGGACAGAGAGAAAUUGAGAGAGGAGAGGGAG